CGAGACCGGGCUGCGCUCCCGCCCGCCGUUAAACAGCCGCGGGCAGCGCAGCCCCGCAGCACGGGGACAUCAGCCCUUUCGAGGGCUGCGUGCCACCGCCCCGCUCCCGGCCGCGCCGGGAGCGAUUAGGCAGCUUCAAAGUUAGAACUGAAAACGCAGCGAAUGAAUAAAUGAUAGGAACAGGGCUCAGCCAACCCCUCCGCGCACGCCCCGAGUGCCGGGAGAAGCAGUCGGCAAAUGCCAGCCGGCUCUCUCUCCGUGUCUGUGCAACUCUAGGUCGCCUUCUAAUUUAGAGCUUUGCAUCAACCCCCCCUUUGCCCAGAGAAGAGAAGAGCUCUAGAAAGAUGCCAGGCUGCCAAAAGAGACCUCAGUUAACAGCGCUGGUGCCGGGUGCUGCCUGGCCGAGGAGAGGCAAAGUUGCUCGGAGGAACGGGAAGGAGGUGCUCCAGAGAGGAGAAGGGAAGGGGACGAUUACUUGGUGAUCGCAGUGUUUCCCUCCCGUUGUCUCUCUCUCCUCCUCCUCCCUCCCAGCCUUAUCCCCGACCGCCCAGGAGGCCUUGAUGAGUUUCCAUCGGGAUCCGAUCCAAAGUGGGGGGGGACGAACAGUGACUGUUCCCAAAGGAAACGGCUCACACAAGUUUCGGGGGGUGAAACUCCCCGGUGGAUGUUGAACAAGCACAUCGGGAGGCUCGUAAUGACCGGGAGCAGCUGGAGACCCUCACCGGGACCUGCCUUCACCACAUGGUAAGGAGGUAGAGGAUUUUGCUGAAGGAGAAUCAACACAGCAACGGGCUCAGUUACAUCCAAGUUCCCUAUGUAAGAUCUGUCAAGCAACUCCUAUCAUCACGUCUGUAAGUGAGUAAAUCCAGUGGAAAGUCUUACUUGCCCAUUCUUCACUGACUUGUGGGACAACACUUCAGUUUUGGCAAUGGAUCAAAAGGAAUGAAGAGCACUUUUGCUCCUGCCAAUGUUUCUUAGAGCUGCUAAAACAGGACCAAUGAAGAUGUUCACCAGACUGCAAGUCCUUGCGCUAGCUUUGUUUUCCAAAGGAGUUUUCCUUUCCCUAAGUGACCACAGCUUUGUAAGGAAGGAAAUUAAGAUAGAAGGAGACCUGGUCUUAGGUGGCUUAUUCCCAAUCAAUGAAAAAGGCACUGGGAUAGAAGAAUGUGGGAGAAUCAAUGAGGAUCGAGGCAUCCAGCGCUUGGAGGCCAUGUUGUUUGCCAUUGAUGAAAUCAACAGAGACAACUAUUUGCUGCCAGGAAUUAAACUUGGAGUUCACAUCUUGGACACAUGUUCCAGGGAUACAUACGCCUUAGAACAGUCUUUGGAGUUUGUCAGGGCAUCUUUGACUAAAGUGGAUGAAACAGAAUAUAUGUGCCCAGAUGGCUCAUAUGCCAUUCAAGAGAAUUUGCCAUUACUCAUCGCAGGAGUGAUAGGUGGUUCCUAUAGCAGCGUCUCCAUACAGGUGGCAAAUUUGCUCAGACUCUUCCAGAUCCCCCAGAUAAGUUAUGCCUCCACCAGUGCCAAGCUGAGUGACAAAUCCCGUUACGACUAUUUUGCAAGGACAGUGCCCCCUGACUUCUACCAAGCAAAAGCCAUGGCUGAAAUCUUGCGGUUCUUCAACUGGACUUAUGUGUCAACGGUUGCUUCGGAAGGAGACUAUGGGGAGACGGGGAUUGAAGCCUUUGAGCAGGAAGCUCGCCUCCGCAACAUCUGCAUUGCCACCUCUGAGAAAGUGGGACGGUCCAACAUCAGAAAGUCCUAUGAUGGCGUGAUCAGAGAGUUGCUGCAGAAACCCAAUGCCAGAGUGGUGGUGCUGUUCAUGCGAGGCGAUGACUCUCGGGAGCUCAUUGCAGCUGCCAAUCGCUUCAAUGUUUCCUUCACCUGGAUUGCCAGUGACGGAUGGGGAGCACAAGAGAGUAUUGUCAAAGGUAAUGAGCAUAUAGCCUCUGGGGCAAUAACCUUGGAGCUUGCUUCCCAUCCAGUUAAAGAGUUUGACAGGUAUUUCCAAAGCCUCAGUCCGUACAAUAACAGACGAAACCCCUGGUUCAAGGACUUUUGGGAGCAAAAAUUCCAGUGUAAUCUCCAGAACCGAAAACCACACAAAAAAACUUGUGACAAGCACUUCACCAUCAACAGUUCCAAUUAUGAGCAAGAAUCCAAGAUCAUGUUUGUUGUGAAUGCUGUGUAUGCGAUGGCCCAUGCCUUGCAUAAAAUGCAGCGGACUCUGUGUCCAAACACCACCAAACUGUGUGAUGCUAUGAAACAUUUGGAUGGCAAGAAGCUGUACAAAGAUUAUCUCCUGAAAGUAAACUUUACAGCUCCAUUCAAUCCUCCCAAUGCAGCAGACAGCACAGUCAAGUUUGAUGCCUAUGGAGAUGGGAUAGGUCGUUACAAUGUGUUUAAUUUCCAAUACACUGGAGACAGAUACUCCUACGUGAAGGUUGGUCACUGGGCAGAAACCCUGUCACUUGAGGUAGACUCCAUCCACUGGUCGAAGAGCUCUGUCCCCGUCUCCCAGUGCAGUGACCCCUGUGCUCCCAAUGAGAUGAAGAAUAUGCAACCAGGAGAUGUCUGCUGUUGGAUUUGUAUUCCCUGUGAAACAUACGAGUACCUGGCUGAUGAAUUUACUUGUGCAGACUGUGGGCCAGGAAAAUGGCCCACAGCUGACCUGACUGGCUGCUAUGACCUACCAGAAGACUACAUCAAGUGGGAAGAUGCUUGGGCAAUAGGUCCUGUUACCAUUGCAUGCCUGGGCUUUAUUUGUACUUUUUUGGUCAUUGCAGUGUUUAUCAAGCACAACAAUACUCCCCUAGUUAAAGCCUCUGGCCGUGAACUAUGCUACAUAUUGCUCUUUGGGGUCUUCCUGUCUUACAGCAUGACAUUCUUCUUCAUAGCCAAGCCUUCUCCAGCUAUCUGCACCUUGCGUCGUUUGGGGCUAGGAAGUUCCUUUGCUGUCUGCUAUUCUGCCCUCCUGACAAAAACAAACUGCAUAGCUAGAAUAUUUGAUGGCGUAAAGAAUGGUGCUCAAAGGCCUAAGUUCAUCAGCCCCAGCUCUCAGGUCUUCAUAUGCCUGAGUCUCAUUUUGGUACAGAUUGUGAUGGUGUCCGUGUGGCUCAUCUUGGAGGCCCCUGGCACCAGGAGGUACACUCUUCCUGAGAAGAGAGAGACUGUCAUAUUGAAAUGCAAUGUUAAAGAUUCCAGUAUGUUAAUCUCCUUAACAUAUGAUGUAAUCCUCGUAGUCUUAUGUACUGUGUAUGCCUUCAAAACAAGGAAAUGCCCAGAGAACUUCAACGAGGCCAAGUUUAUCGGUUUCACAAUGUACACAACGUGCAUCAUUUGGCUGGCCUUUCUCCCCAUAUUUUAUGUGACAUCCAGUGACUACAGAGUGCAGACCACCACUAUGUGCAUCUCCGUGAGUCUGAGCGGCUUCGUGGUGCUGGGCUGCCUCUUCGCACCCAAGGUGCACAUCAUCCUCUUCCAGCCCCAGAAGAACGUGGUCACUCACAGACUCCAUCUCAACAGGUUCAGUGUCAGUGGGACUGGGACCACGUACUCCCAGUCAUCUGCCAGUAUGUACGUACCAACGGUCUGCAAUGGAAGGGAAGUCCUGGACUCCACCACCUCAUCUCUGUGAUUGUGACAUGCGAUUCAGUUCUUGAGUUUUUAGACUGUUAGGCAAAAAUUUUGCACAUGUUGUGCACUUCGGAAAACACCAGAAAACAAAAGAAAACAAAAGAAAACUAGUACCUUUUUUUAGAAACAGUGUAAUAAAUUAUUUUUGAGGAUUGUACAGUAUAUAGUGACGUUCUGGAACUUUUUAGACUGAUUUUAGCCCUUCUGUUGUUAAUGGUCAUAAGGGACAUGUAAAUAACCAUGGUUCACAAUGUGCAUAGUCCUAAAGUAAGGGAGUGAUUUGUUGCAAGCACAGUUGCAAUGUUAGGUGACUUCUUUCCUACGAUAUUUUUUGUAGUUCCUUGUUGUAAUUAACUUAGACUGCAUUUCUAUGUUGUAUAUUACAGUUACCUUACAUGUAACAGACUGGUUUUCUCAGCACAAAACAGCAGUAUUAAUGUAAAGGCACCAAUAAUAAAAAGAUAAAAGUUUUCCAGCAUGGUUUCAUUUUUGUUUCUUCCUCCUUCAAUGUCAUUAUCUCCUUGAGAGUUUUUCCUUUAACACCAGGGUAGGUAUAAAGGGUAAAAAGCCUGCAUGAAUAGUGUGUAUGUAUACACAUGUACAUUAUGGGAGUGUGCCUGUGUUACAAAAUCCACGUCACAUAACAGGUGAUUAUGAUGAAUGCUUUGUCAGAGCCAAGUAUAAAUU